GCUCGCUUAAGGGAGGAAAGGCGACGUGCUUGUAGAAGGUAAAGAUGGCGGCUGCGGAUCCCGAAGCCGGCAGAAUGAGCAUAAAAGAAAAAGCAAAGCUGCAGCUAAGGAAGCUUGACAUUGGAGACAAAUUUUCCAAUGUUCAGUUAGCAAAAGCCUCAGUUCUUGUUCCACUAAUGGUCAAAGAUGGAAAGCUAUGUCUUCUCUUCACUCUUAGAUCAAAAAAGUUGAGAAGAGCUCCCGGAGAAGUUUGUUUUCCAGGAGGUAGAAAUGACCCAACAGACACAGAUGAAAUUGCCACGGCUCUUCGAGAAGCUAAAGAAGAAGUGGGACUUCUUCCUGAACAGGUUGAAGUCAUCUGUAGACUUGUUCCUGGAAUAGAUAAAACUCAUUCUGUCGUAACUCCAGUUGUAGCCUUCAUAGAAGACACUUUUCAAGCCCAACCAAAUCCAGAAGAAGUCAGUCACGUGUUCUCUGUACCGCUAGAGUAUUUUAUACGCCCUGCGAAACACAGCAUUGUACCUGUGGAAACACAAAAGGGAUACCCUCCAUUUGUGUUACAUUCCUUUGAAUACAAUGACCCAGAGCAUCAGAUGUUAUUUAACGUGUGGGGACUCACUGCCCAUUUUGCAAUCUUUGUUGCUGUUGCAAUUUACGGGGAGAAACCGACAUUUGAAGUUGAAUUUGACCUUGAUAAUUUGAAUUCUUUAGCUGAGAAAACCUUUAUGAUGCGCUACCAUAGCAUAAAAAGCAAACUUUGACAGGUAACAUUCCCCCCCCCCCAUGUAAUUGAAACUCUUAAAACUAUGAUUCAUGUCUUAGCUGAAAUAAUUUGGUUAAUUUAUAUUUAUAAAUCAUGUUGGACGCGUAUAAUUGCAGGAAUCUGUUUGUGCCACAUUCAGCUGUGAUAGGGUGGUAUUUAAUUAAAAUUUUAAAAUGUAAUGAUCAUUUUGGGCCCAAGUCUCUAAUGCUUGGCAUUUUAUCCCUUUUCCCCCCGUCUAAAUCUAAAUGCCAACAGAGAUGAUAUGGGAGGGACUGCUAAGGUAAAUAAAUCUUUAUAGGUUUGUAUUACCAGUGCAAAUCUUUUUGCACAUUUUAUACAAAUAAAAUGCACUUCUACUAGAUUUAAAAAAAAAAUAUUCUCCUGUGUCUAUAUACCUACUGGGCUCUUUAAUAGAUCACUAUAGGGUAACAAGGUAGUUAUAUAUG